AUGGCUUCCCUCGCCUCCCCUCCCGCCCCCUCCCACUCGCCCACCACCGCCGCUCGCUACCUCCCCGCCCCGGCCGGCCGCGGCAGGCGCCCGGCGCCGCCGGCCGCUUCACCUAUCUUCUCCUCUGCUUCCACCCGAUUCACUCUGUCCCCGCGCGCCCCCUGCGGCGCCGCCCGACCGCGCCGGCGCGACACCGUGCGGGCAUGCUCUCAAGCUGGUGCAGCUGGGCCAGCUCCACUCUCAAAGACGCUAUCAGACCUAAAGGAUUCCUGCUGGAGAUUUUUGAGACCACACACAAUUCGUGGAACUGCUUUGGGAUCCACAGCCUUGGUUGCUAGAGCAUUAUUAGAGAAUCCCCAAUUGAUUGAUUGGCGCUUGGUAUUCAAAGCAUUCUAUGGGCUUGUAGCAUUAAUCUGCGGCAACGGUUACAUUGUUGGGAUUAAUCAGAUCUAUGACAUUGGAAUCGACAAGGUAAACAAACCAUAUUUACCUAUUGCUGCCGGUGAUCUCUCUGUUCAGUCAGCAUGGUUACUGGUCGUAGCAUUCGCAGUGGUGGGCUUCUCAAUUGUCGUUUCAAACUUUGGACCUUUCAUCACCUCUCUUUACUGCCUUGGUCUAUUUCUUGGCACUAUAUAUUCUGUUCCUCCAUUCAGACUGAAGAGAUAUCCAGUUGCUGCUUUUCUUAUCAUUGCAACGGUUCGCGGAUUCCUUCUCAACUUUGGGGUGUACUAUGCUACUAGAGCUGCAUUAGGUCUUACAUUCCAAUGGAGCUCGCCUGUUGCUUUCAUUACAUGCUUUGUGACAGUAUUUGCUCUGGUCAUUGCUAUAACCAAAGAUCUUCCGGAUGUUGAAGGAGACCGCAAAUUCCAAAUAUCAACUUUGGCGACAAAGCUUGGUGUCAGAAAUAUUGCCUUCCUUGGCUCUGGUUUAUUGCUGGCAAAUUAUGUUGCUGCUAUUGUAGUACCUUUUCUUAUUCCUCAGGCUUUCAGGAGCUUUGUAAUGGUGCCUUUUCAUGCUGCUCUUGCAGUUGCUUUAAUUUUUCAGACAUGGGUUCUGGAGCAAGCAAAGUACAGUAAGGAUGCUAUUUCACAGUACUACCGGUUCAUCUGGAACCUCUUCUACGCCGAAUACAUCUUCUUCCCGCUAAUAUAG